GACUAAAAUCAACCAGUUCUGUGAGGAUCCUGAUCACCAGUGUUUUAAACUGUGCAUCUGAAAGUUUGGCUAUUUCUUCAUCACUUAGAUUUAUGGGUUCUGGGGCUCUGAGUUGUUCUUAGCCAUUUUUGAUCUGUUCGCACCCAUUAAGUAUGAGGAGCAGAGCCUUAGUUGUUUACCAGGGCGGGGCCACCCAGGUCGCUGGUUUGUGACGCUGUAUGUGGGGGCGGGGUCAGAGAGGGAGCAAUGGCGGUCCUCUCCGUUUGCCCAGUCCAUCCCACCACUCACCCCCACCUGUUUAUCUGAGCAGAAAUGUGCAAGCCCGCCACCCUGUGCCAUGCAGUCUCAAUGCUCGCCUCUUCACUGGUUUAUCUCCACGCAAAUGCUCAACCGACCACAGACAGCCAGCCGCGCCUCUUCCCUGUGUCCGCCCGUAGCUAGCCCACACCUGCGAUCCGUGCCUUCGGCUGCUUGCGCAUCACCCCCGUCGGGGAUCUUUUUGGCCAACCCACUACACUGCUGGCCUCGCCCCUCUUACCAGUUUAACUGAGCAUUUUGUUGUUUUCAGACUCUGUAUUGUCAAUUUUCUGUGUGGCUUGGUUGCGUUUAUUGUUGUUACAACUUUAUUGUUUUAGAUUUGGUUGUGCGAGGAUGCAAGGUGUUUCCACCUACACCUCCAUCUUGGCCGAAGUCGCCGUCCAUUUUCUUAAUGAAAAAAGUUAAAGUUCCCAGACAGUUCUGUUAACUAGGGUUGGGCAUGACUAGGCCACCCUCCGCAGAUAAACACUGAGCUCCAGGAGCAGCAAUCUCCCCAGACCCCAAACGUGCCCCCAGGAAGCUGACCCCGCACCCAUCCUGGGGCAGCGGGACUUCCACUGAAAUCUACACAGUCUGGGGAAAGCUGGGUUUUUCUUAUUUUAAAUACAGUAAUUUUAAUUUCUCAUUUUAAUGUAUAAAUUUCCCUGUUUCAGCUUUGCUAGUUUUUUUAUAGCUGAAUGGAAGGAGAAAGUAGAAAGAAUCUUACACAUAAGGUGACAGUUUGGGUGUGUUUUGUGAUUAAGUGGAAAGUGCUACCAGGGGAACCGCGGCCCAGGAUGGCUAUGGAUGUGGCCUGACGCAAAGUCAUAAAUUUACUGAAAACCUUUUUUUUUGCUCAUCAGUUUUCAUUAGUGUUUGUGUAUUUAAUGUGUGGCCCAGAGAUGCCAGACGGCCGGACACCCGUCACUGUGCUUCUCUUCGACACCAUAUGAUAGAGGAACGAAGUCCGAAACGUUUGACUCUGAGAUAAAAACGAGCUGUGUUCAUGGAUAGGGUUCUCAACAAUUCUAGAACAGUUCUAGAACAGAACGGAAGGAACUGUAAAGAACGGAAGCUGACCAAUUCUGUAACAAGUUUUCCCUGACCUCGUAAGUCCUCGCCCUGAAGUACUUCUCGUUUCUCAUGGGAAACGUGGGUAAGAAAACCAGCAGAGACCAGGCCGCCGACAGGGCCAGGCCGCUGGACGAGGGCUCGUCUGGAGCGGCGCUCCACACACAACUCUACAAAGCCAUACUGAGAGAAGACUGCUCUGCCAUCCGGGUGCUCCUACAAAGCCACCCCGUCAAUCGGCCCUUGACGAUUCUGGCCAGCUCCUCCAGCUCCGAGGCUACCCAUAACGCACUGUGGCUUCUUCCCCUGAAGCAGAUGCAGCCCACCGUCCCCAUUCAUCUGGCGGCCGAGUACCACAAGGCCCAGAGUUUGCACUGCCUGUUAGAACACGGCGCUGACCCGGAAGUCAGGGACACCCGAGGCCUCACCACACUCCACCUGCUACUACUGCACUGGCCGAUCGCCUCUACCGUGCGGACGAAGCCAGGCAACAGGGUCCAAAGGCUCCUGGCAGACAUUCAGAGGGACGCUGUGACAUGUCUCCGCAUUCUGUGUGAGCAUGGCGUGCAAGUGGACGCUCAGGUGAACAACAGACACAAGUAUUCAUCCCUCCACCUGGCCGUAAGGUAUGGGACCAGUCCAGUUCUCUCCAUCUUAGCCGGAAACGGUGCCCAGGUCAACAUCACUGAUGAAUCCAGCAUGACGCCGCUUCACGUGGCUGCAGAUAUGCUGAACGAGGAGAUGAUGGCAACGCUCAUUGCCUGUGGAGCAAAUGUCAACUGCUCUGUCCCUUCCACGGGGAACACAGCCCUUAAGCUGGCGGUGUGCACUGCGUCCAGCAAAGCUGGCCACGUGCUGGACGCGGGACUCAGCUGCAUCCGUCUGCUGCUGAGUCACGGAGCCAAAGUCAAUGCCCGGGACCACAACGGCCAGACAGCGAUCCAUGAGGCAUGCUUUGCAGGCAGAGAGGCAGUCAUCGGCCUCCUGCUGGAAUUUGAAGCCGACGUUAACAUCCUAACAAGAAACGGGGAAUCCCCUGUACACAUGUACCUACAGCGCAGCCCCAACGUAAGAAACAAGGUGCUUCUUGCCAAGUUGCUGUACCGCUCUUACCCUUUGAGACUGACCAAUAACCAAGGGAUUCUACCUGCGGGGAUCACGCUCCCAGAAUUCCACUCCUUAAGGGAAUCCCUAAUAAAGCUGUCUCGGAAACCCUUAUCCCUAGAGGAUAUCUGUAAAAGAAACAUCAGAAACAUUUACGGUGAGAGGCACAAACAAUACGUGAAGCACGUUCUCCCGGGGAAGAUGUGCAGAGCUGUGUACGCGUGUUAUGACCUGGCCUGCCUCGUGAGAUAAGAUCUUGGUGUGUCCAUGCCUCGGAUUCCAGUCACUCCAACCGCACCCUGUGGCUAGCCCCAGACCCAGAAACACGUAACCCACGGCCCUAUCCAUCCCACACGUACAAACUACAGGCUCUUGCACCCCUUCA